CCAACCAAAGUGACUUCCGCUCCCAGCCCUCUCGCUAAGCUAACAACAUAGCUAGCUACACUGAUUGAUGUCAGGUAAACAGGAUCAUAUACUUGUAUUAUAUAUAUAUAAACACACACAUAUAUUAGACACAUGACAGUUAGAGGCUUCGUGAAUAAUAUGCAAUGAAGUUUACACUGCUAGCAUUGCACAUUUUAACCGAACUGUAAGGCGAAUCGGAUAACAUUAUCUACUAUUAACUAGUCACCGGUGUAGCUUUUAAAAGGCCCGAAACAGAAAGCGAAAGUAAGCUCCAACAUCUUCGUCCCUCAUAAAAAGUCUUCAAAAUGAGAGGCUCUCACGGAGACAGAGACAGAGACCGUGGUCGCGACAGGGGCAGCCCUCGGUUUGGAUCCAGCAGAGGCGGCCCUCCAUCGGUUAAAAGGUUUGGAAAUCCUGGGGACCGUUUACGAAAGAAAAGGUGGGAUCUGAAUGAACUUCCCAAAUUCGAGAAGAACUUUUACACUGAGCACCCGGAAGUGCAACAAAUGAGUCAGUAUGACAUUGAGGAGUACAGAAGGAGGAGAGAAAUAACAGUUCGGGGUUCCGGCUCCCCGAAGCCCAUCAUCAGCUUCCAUCAGGCACAGUUUCCUCAGUACGUGAUGGAUGUGCUGAUGCAGCAACAUUUCAAGGAACCGACAGCCAUUCAGGCUCAAGGAUUCCCGCUAGCUCUCAGUGGGAGAGACAUGGUGGGCAUCGCUCAGACCGGCUCAGGAAAGACUCUUUCGUAUCUCCUGCCCGCCAUUGUGCACAUUAAUCAUCAGCCCUACUUGGAGCGUGGAGACGGACCCAUUUGCUUGGUCCUGGCGCCCACAAGAGAACUGGCACAGCAGGUCCAGCAGGUGGCGUAUGAUUAUGGAAAGUCAUCUCGCAUUAAAAGCACCUGCGUGUAUGGGGGUGCUCCCAAAGGACCCCAGAUUCGAGAUCUGGAGAGAGGUGUUGAAAUCUGCAUCGCCACGCCGGGCCGUCUGAUCGACUUCCUGGAGGCGGGAAAGACCAACCUGCAGCGCUGCACAUAUUUAGUUCUGGAUGAAGCCGACCGCAUGCUGGACAUGGGAUUCGAACCCCAGAUUCGCAAAAUUGUGGACCAGAUCAGGCCGGACAGACAGACGCUGAUGUGGAGCGCCACGUGGCCCAAGGAGGUGCGGCAGCUGGCGGAGGACUUCCUGAAGGACUACGUGCAGAUCAACGUCGGAGCCCUGGAGCUCAGCGCCAACCACAACAUCCUUCAGAUAGUCGACGUGUGCGCGGAUAGCGAAAAGGACAACAAGUUGAUCCAGCUGAUGGAGGAGAUCAUGGCCGAAAAAGAGAACAAGACCAUCAUCUUUGUGGAGACCAAGAAGCGAUGUGACGACCUCACACGUCGGAUGAGACGAGACGGGUGGCCGGCGAUGUGCAUUCACGGGGACAAAAGCCAGCCGGAGAGAGACUGGGUGUUGUCAGAGUUCCGCAGCGGCAAAGCUCCGAUCCUUAUCGCUACGGAUGUGGCGUCCCGGGGUUUGGACGUGGAGGAUGUAAAGUUUGUGAUCAACUACGACUAUCCCAACUCGUCCGAGGACUACAUCCAUCGUAUCGGCCGCACGGCAAGGAGCACCAACAAAGGCACGGCGUACACGUUCUUUACCCCGGGGAACCUCCGCCAGGCCCGGGAGCUGAUCCGGGUUCUGGAGGAGGCCAGGCAGGCCAUCAAUCCCAAACUGCUGCAGCUGGUGGACACCGGACGUGGAGGGGGUGGCGGUGGACGUCCACGUUUCCGAGGCGGCUCCACCUCCAACAAUCCCAACUUGAUGUACCAAGACGAGUGUGACCGGCGAAUGCGCUCCGUCGGGGGCGGCGGCGGUGAUGUCAAGGACAGCCGCAGCAGCAGCAGCAGCUACGCCCGCGAUAGUCGAGGCGGGGGCAGCCGAGACGGGGACCGCCUCACCUCCUCCUCAUCCUCUUCCUCCUCUUACAGGGAUCGCAGCAGCCAGGAUCGAGGACGCAGCUACAGCUCCAGCUCGUACCAGAACAGCCGGAACAGCAGCGGCCAGUACAGCGGCCCCAGGGGGGGCGGCUCUGCACCGGCGGCAGGGGCGGCAGGGGCGGCGGGGACGGUCCCGCCCCCCUCGUCAGGCCCCCAGCCUCUAAUGGCCCAGCAGUUCAACCCCACCCAGCCCAUGAUGGGCCUGAUGGUUCACUCUGCGUUCCAGUUUGCUGCACCGCCGCCCCCACCGGGACGAAAGUAAAUGGCACCCCAUGCUUUCUCUCCACGUAGCGGCCGCUUUAUUAGGUACACUUACACACUUUACACUUUUUUAGAUGUUUCUUUUUUGUACCCGGUAGAUGGUAACGUGGUGGUAUUUACUAUUUGUAGAGCAAAUAUGGCGUUCUUACUACUUCUCUUCCAGUAGUCGUAAUGAGUAAUUUUGGACAAUGUACAUAUGUUUUUCUCUGACAUCGCAGCCAAGGUAGGUGGAACCCCAAAAGUAGGUUGGAUUUGAAGAUAGAAUACAAAGAUAGAAAAAGCACACAAAAAGAACACAAAUUUACCGAGUAAAUAAGAUGACCUUUUUUUUUUAACUACCAAGGUCAAAAGUGCUUAAUAGACCCGUUAACAAGUUCUUUCAUAAGCCGAUGUUUACUAAUCUCCGAAAAGCGAAAUGAAUUGUUAGUACGGUGAAAGCGUGACGUUGUACUGUACUCUUUCAUUUUCAUACUCAAUAAAAACUCUUUGUUGUGACACCGUGGAUUCUAAAUGGAUGGAUGGAUGGAUUACAUGUAUCCCAUGUGCAAAUUAUAAUUGGCGCUCGGUUCCGGGUGACCUCAUUUCCCAGGAAAACCAGGAACUCCCUUAUAGUGCUGAACUCCUCUGCAGUGAUGACGAUUGACUGCAGAUGAUAUUAUUUUAUUUGUCGGAAUAUAAUGAAAACGAGGAAAAAGAACAGCUCAUUUUUUUAAGUUUGUUGUUCUGUGACCUGAACGGUGGCGUAAGCGUAUCAGAUGAC